AUGAGUCAAGAGGAUUCCAGAGAGUCCAAGUUCCAGAUGGAACGUAUUCCUUCUGAAGUUCUGGAAGACAUCUUUCAUCUUACCUCCCCAAAUGGCUCUAUCCAAGACUCUUUGCCUCUAUCCCAUGUCUGUCGUACAUGGAGAUUGGUCUCGCUCAGCCAAAGAGUGCUCUGGCUCACGGUCCGAGUGAAACUUGGAGUUGACCUCGCCAUGGUUCGGAGGUACUGGAGCGCUAUGAAGAAUCGAACCAGGGGUGCAGGAGUGACCAUUGACAUAUUGGACUUGAUCAGUGACACGCGCCUCAUCGACUGGUGGCGCCAAGCAUACCCGAUCCUUUUCAGACUCUUCAAGAACAUUGAUGCAGUAUCCAUCACGCUUCUUCCUAUCAAAAAGCCCAUAUAUAUUCUUGAGACUCUCAGGCACAUUCCUUUGCCCUAUCACACGUUGAUAAUCCACUGUCCCUCCACCAAGCCACCCGAAGGUACCACAAUGGAGGUGUCCGUUGCGGAUAUAUGCGCCAUGUCACCCGAAAUAAAGCGCGUCGAGCUCUACAACAUGUGCUUCUACCUCUCUCCCAGGCUCGACCGCCUUCUAAUUGAGGAGUUGGUCAUUCAAGUACCGGCCUUCGAGACCAAGCGCUCAUUCAUCGACGCGAUUCUUAUUCAAUGCCCGCUGCUGCGUGUUCUCGAGGUGCGAGAUGGGGACAAACCAGAGGAUACGUACUUUGGACAACCCUUGGGCACUCCUAACCCUCCGGAGAACCUCGAAUCGUUCGUGGUGGACCGAGCACCGCACAUAAUCUACUCUUAUGGACUAAAUAAACCUCGCGUCUUGCCUCGGCUCACGAAGCUUCUCGUCCACCGCCCCGACAGAGAUCGUAGCAGGAUGAUCGCCUUUGUUCGAGCGAAUCCAACCAUUGUCGAAUGCGGAUUUACAUUCGCUUGGGAGGUGGCAGACUAUGAACACACGGUGGAUUGGCUCACGCUCAAGGAUCUCGCAGGCGUAGCACCGCAGAUUAAAACGUUACACAUCUACGCAAAGUAUUGCGGCUAUGACGUUGUUAUUCUCCUCGACGACUUCAACACCCAACGUACCCAAAAUCCCCUCUCAUUCUUCCCCAAUUUGGUUACCCUUCGCCUCGACACCGUCCCUUUUCUCUCCAAGGUACUUUUCGAGGAUGUGGUUCAAGCGUGCUACCCCAUAGCCCUUCCCGGCGCAGACGUCACUUCCUCACGGUUUUCACUCAAAGAACUCUCCGUAACAUUCAAGGACAACGCGAGGGAGAACGAAAAGACGGAAUGGCUUGCAAGUAGUUAUCUUGAGAAGGCUGAGAUAUACAAACUCCAGGCAGGAUCGGCCUGGCACGUUUCUUGGUAG